AACGUGUCUACCCCGUGGGGCAAUAUUUGAUGACCAACUUCUCCAACGCGUUCCUUCCCAUAUUUGAGUAGAUUGGGCGUUUUACCUGAUCAGUUGGUCGAACCAAGCACCACCAUUUACAUCUCGGAAUUUGUCACAUUAAGUCGUUAAUAAAAAUAAAAAUGAGUUGGGACGGAUACAUUGAUAACAUUAUUGGCCGUGCAAAGAAUAGCAGUUGCGACAAAGCCUGUAUAAUUGGUUUGGAUGGUGGUGGCCCUUGGACAACAGCAGCCAAUGCUAAUAAUAUAACUUUAGCUGCUGGUGAAGGACAGAAAAUUGCAGCAGCAUUGAAAUCUCAACAAUUUGAUGCCUUCCAAGCAAAUGGUAUUUGGGUUGCUGGUUUGAAGUACCAAUUUUUAAGAAGUGUUGAUGAUAAUUGCGUACUAGGAAAGAAAAAGGAUAAUGGAGCUAUUACUAUCAUGAAAUCGAAAACUGCUGUUGUCAUCGCGCAUACGAAAGAAGGUGGACAGCAUGGCGAUACAAAUGCAGCAGUGGAAUCCAUCGUACAAUAUCUAGAAUCUUCAAAUAUGUAAAGUAUGAACAUGCAUUGUUUUUAACUAAAAUGUAACACAAAUGCCAACUUUUGUGCUUGUUAGGUUUUUUUGGUUGAGAUUAUUAAAUUAAAAAAGUGCUCCAGUUCUUGUUUAAGGAAUUUCACAUAUCUUACAAAUGCUUUAGUAUCACAUCAAACACGCAGCAUCUAAACAAGUAUUUUGUCCCCUUUAUAUAAUUUAAAAGAGAUUUUGAUUUUUGUCUUUUGUUUUGUUUUUGAUAGAGGAAUUUUUUACAAAAAGAUAGUCUUGUAACUAUGAUUUAAUUUGAAGACUUCAGUAAUAAUGAAAGGGGAAACAAAAAGUAAUAUACAUUA